AUGUCUAAAGGUUCCUCAUCACCCAGCAUCGAGUCUCCCAGCGAGAGAGUGACUGCUCUGCCGAGCUCGCCAGCGGAGCUGCUGAGAUACAUAUCCUCAGAGCCAUACAAGCAAGCACAGCAGGAGCUGCAGGAACGGGUGUCUACCAGCUACGAGGUGUUGGAGGGGUCGCCCUGGGUCAUGUCCAGGCCGGUGUAUGUGCUGGCAUCCAAGCAGGCGGACAGGGAGGCAGGACUCACGCACACACUCCGCGCGCGCGUGUCUCGGCCAGAAGCAGAGAAUGAGCUCUCAAGGGUGUUGGGCAGGCGGCGAGCGGAUGGGAGGAGCUUGAUUUCGGUGUUGGAGAUGCGAGACGGCAUCAUAACGUUUGAGAGCGAGGCUGAUGCGCAGAGAUAUGGCGCCCUGCUGGAGGCUGAGGGCCACCUGGAGGUGGCGGUGAUGCGCGCUGACUCGCACGAGCUGUUCAGGGCGUCGCAGAGCGUGCGCAGCGUGGUCGUGCUGCUUCGCUCCGGCUGCCACCUGCCCCAGCCAGACCAGCUGGCCGCUGCUCUGCGCAGCAAGCGCUCCCUGGAAGACAGCAUUGAUGACUAA